AUGUUGUGUAGGUGUAGAGGUGUUGCUCCCGUCGUCCUCAGGGUGUGCUCGUCCAAGCCCUCGUCGUCCUCGGGGUGUGCUCGUCCAAGCCCUCGUCGUCCUCAGGGUGUGCUCGUCCAAGCCCCCGUCGUCCUCAGGGUGUGCUCGUCCAAGCCCUCGUCGUCCUCAGGGUGUGCUCGUCCAAGCCCCCGUCGUCCUCAGGGUGCGCUCGUCCAAGCCCUCGUCGUCCUCAGGGUGUGCUCGUCCAAGCCCUCGUCGUCCUCGGGGUGUGCUCGUCCAAGCCCUCGUCGUCCUCAGGGUGUGCUCGUCCAAGCCCUCGUCGUCCUCAGGGUGUGCUCGUCCAAGCCCUCGUCGUCCUCAGGGUGUACUCGUCCAAGCCCUCGUCGUCCUCGGGGUGUGCUCGUCCAAGCCCUCGUCGUCCUCAGGGUGUGCUCGUCCAAGCCCUCGUCGUCCUCAGGGUGUGCUCGUCCAAGCCCUCGUCGUCCUCAGGGUGUGCUCGUCCAAGCCCUCGUCGUCCUCAGGGUGUGCUCGUCCAAGCCCUCGUCGUCCUCAGGGUGUGCUCGUCCAAGCCCUCGUCGUCCUCAGGGUGUGCUCGUCCAAGCCCUCGUCGUCCUCAGGGUGUGCUCGUCCAAGCCCUCGUCGUCCUCAGGGUGUGCUCGUCCAAGCCCUCGUCGUCCUCGGGGUGUGCUCGUCCAAGCCCCCGUCGUCCUCGGGGUGUGCUCGUCCAAGCCCUCGUCGUCCUCGGGGUGUGCUCGUCCAAGCCCUCGUCGUCCUCGGGGUGUGCUCGUCCAAGCCCUCGUCGUCCUCAAGGUGUGCUCGUUCAAGCCCUCGCCGUCCUCAAGGUGUGCUCGUUCAAGCCCUCGUCGUCCUCAGGGUGUGCUCGUCCAAGCCCUCGUCGUCCUCAGGGUGUGCUCGUCCAAGCCCUCGUCGUCCUCAGGGUGUGCUCGUCCAAGCCCUCGUCGUCCUCAGGGUGUGCUCGUCCAAGCCCUCGUCGUCCUCAGGGUGUGCUCGUCCAAACCCUCGUCGUCCUCGGGGUGUGCUCGUCCAAGCCCUCGUCGUCCUCGGGGUGUGCUCGUCCAAGCCCUCGUCGUCCUCAGGAUGUGCUCGUCCAAGCCCUCGUCGUCCUCAGGAUGUGCUCGUCCAAACCCUCGUCGUCCUCGGGGUGUGCUCGUCCAAGCCCUCGUCGUCCUCGGGGUGUGCUCGUCCAAGCCCUCGUCGUCCUCGGGGUGUGCUCGUCCAAGCCCUCGUCGUCCUCAAGGUGUGCUCGUUCAAGCCCUCGCCGUCCUCAAGGUGUGCUCGUUCAAGCCCUCGUCGUCCUCAGGGUGUGCUCGUUCAAGCCCUCGUCGUCCUCAGGGUGUGCUCGUUCAAGCCCUCGUCGUCCUCAGGGUGUGCUCGUCCAAGCCCUCGUCGUCCUCAGGGUGUGCUCGUUCAAGCCCUCGUCGUCCUCAGGGUGUGCUCGUCCAAGCCCUCGUCGUCCUCAGGGUGUGCUCGUUCAAGCCCUCGUCGUCCUCGAACAAGCGCCCAUAA